UCCCGCACGGAGGUAUUAGUCCGUUGCACCUUCUGAAAUUGCUACUGAUCAUGGCGGGCGGUCAGAUGUGCAGAUUUCAUGGCUUGUUGACGUGGUUUCCUUGCGCCUUCGCAGUUCGAUGUGGUCAACGCUGUUUGGUACCUAUUCGGCACAAGUCAAACGUUGAUUCUCCAAUAACUGAGCCUCCUCCCAAUAGUGAAGUGGACAUUGGGGUGACUUCAGAUGGGAAAACCAUAGUGUGCUACCAUCCUGCUGUUGAUAUUCCCUAUGAAUUCACCCAGCCUGUGGACCGUCCAGACCCUUUGACCAACUCUAUAGAGACCCACGAUCAGGUUUUAAAGGCUCACCUUAGCAAGGAGGUGCUGAAGGACAAAGGACCAACGAUAGAGGAGCUGAGCAAAAUGUUCUUCACCACAAAACACCGCUUUUAUCCCGUAGGACAAUAUCACAGGAGGCGCAUCAACAAGAACCUCCCCAAGGACAGAUAGUUGAAAAUUGAAGCUUUUUAAUGUAAAAUGUGUCACAGUGAUGAAUGCUUAAGUUUCUAUAAAUGACCCCCCCCCCCCCCCCGACCAUUUCCACCAUGAUAAAGUUUUUCCCCUCUCAUCUCAUUUUGUCCAUCUGUGAUCUUGUUUUGUAUUACUUUGUCAAUAAAGUAUCUUCAAAGUUC